GACGGAUUGCGACGGCAUCUUGAACAAGAGCUUGGAAUCCCUAAAGCGCAAUUAUGUCGAUAUGCCGCGCCUGUUGGAGAAGGACAUUGGGUGCGCUCUCAAAUGCUAAUUUGUCAGAAGCGCAGCCCCCUCGGUUUUCUCUCCCGACCGCGACAUCUCUACACAGAAUCCGACGAACAGUGGCGACUCUGGCUGUUGAUCAGAAUGCCGACCUGGAGCCGCCUCCUUCCCAAACUGCUACCUCGGAGGCCCCACGGGAUCGCUCAGAUUCUAAAGCUCUGGAAUGGGUGGUGAACAAGCAUUUGCAACACCUAAAGGACCCGUUCAAGAUCGCUGAGCACGUUCUGAGAACACUGGAGAAGGGCCGGUUCGAGGAGGCAGCUCUGUUAACAAGGAAAGCCAGUCGGGAUACGAAAGUAACCGUCAGUUGGAACCACCUGAUAGACUACCAGAUGCGUAAUCAGAGGCUCAAUGCCGCGUUGAAGCUAUAUAACGAGAUGAAAAAGCGAGCGCAGUUGCCGGAUGCUCGAACAUACACCAUAAUAUUCAGGGGCUGUGCCAACUCGACCCAUCCCAAGCUGGCCGUCUCCGAGGCGGUUAGGAUUUACCACACCAUGCUCACAAAUGAGAGACUAAAGCCCAACACUAUUCACCUCAACGCCGUGCUCGAGGUCUGCGCUCGGGCCGGAGAUAUCGACACUAUGUUCAGCAUCCUGCAUACUGUGACGAAUGGCCUGCGGUCCCCGAACAAUCAGACCUAUACCAUCGUCCUCAACUCGCUCCGUCCCCGGCCCGACCUGGCGCGGCGGUCCGACUUGGCAGAAGAGGAGGUUGAAGAGAACAACAAGAUCAGCAUCCAGAAGGCAAAGGCAAUCUGGGAAGCAGUCAUCGCCGACUGGAGGAAAGCAAAGAUAUUCAUCGACGAAGAGCUCGUCUGCUCCAUGGGCCGGAUACUCCUCACAGGGGAUUACCAUGAUAACAACAACAUCCUGCCUCUGUUGGAGCAGACGAUGAGGUUGCCACGACUUGAUCUUGUCGAAGCGGAACUUGAAUCCGGAGACCAAUCCAAAAAAGGAGGUGCUCGGGACUCGGCAAAGGACUUGACAGAGCCAAUACCAACAACGCCUUCCGGCUACGCCAUACCGGGGAAGAAUACGCUCUCACUGGUGCUCACAUCCCUAGUAGCGACGCGGAAGACCACCCUCGGACCCAAGUACUGGACCCUCAUGACGAAGAAGUACGGCAUCCAGCCGGAUGCCGAGAACUACCACAGGAUGCUCAAGCUCCUCCGCGUCGGCAAGGCCAGCACCAAGACCGCCGAGGUCAUCGGCCACAUGCCGCCGGGGUUCAUGGCCGCCAAGACGUUCCGGAUCGCCCUCUCCACGUGCGUGGGCGACAACCUAAACCCCAACGCCUUCCGCAACGCCACCUCCAUCUUCGACGCCAUGGUCUCCAACCUCCGCUACCCGGACGCCCACGCCAUGCGCCUCUACCUCCAGGCGGCGCGGGCCAACUACGGCCGCUUCCAGACGACGGACGCGGCCGCCCUCGGCACCAGCGACGACGGCAAGUUCGGCCUGGGCCGCCAGAUCAUGGCCGCCCUCGACCGCAUGUGGCAGCCGUUCCGGAUCCUGGCGGGCUCCUUCUCGUACCCGGGGCGGGCGAGCCGGUCACCCGCCGAGGAGUGGGGGCGGUCCGCCGACGAGCGUCGCGAGGCCGUCGCCGUCGCCCGCCGCAUGGUCGCCGCCAUGGACGCCGUCGUCACCGAGGGCAUGGCCGCGCCCGAGAUGGUCCGCGUCAUGAAGUCGAGGCGCAACGUGCUGAAUCGCCACGUCACGAGGUUCUUCGAGAAGGAGCAGAAGAUCAUGGGGAAGGGGGCCGGCGUGAAGGACGGGGAGGAGGUGGUUGGGCGAGAACGGCCAGAGGCUGAAGAACGGAUCUGAGAGAAUAUAUGGUCCUCCUCGUUUGUGCAAAGUCCUCUUUCGGAGGACCCCGUUAUAGAUAUGUAGAAACUGUACCCAUUACUGUAACACCAUCUUAUAGGAUACCCAACACGUUCAUUUAUUUCCCGUGUCUGGAUUGUUCGCUCUCGAAUGGUUUCGAGUACUCAGUU